UAGAAACAAACCCCAAACUGAGAAAACAAUGAAUCAGACAUUGUAGCCCCUAAAUGCUUUGUUCAUCUCAUCAAGGCAACAUCUGUUGUAACACAUGUAAAAACGAUCCUCAAAAUAAUCUUUAAAAAAAAAAACAGACCUGUUUCAACGUGAUUCUCCGGGACCACACUCAUUUCCAAUUUUCCCAUUUCAACGAUCAAAAUUAGUUUCAGCCUCUAAGACAGAAGAAAACACCACACUACACUGUUUAAAGAUUGGAAGAGAAGGGUCAAAGUUCAAACCUCAAAACCCCCUUUCUCUCUUUUGUAUUUCUCUGUUGCUUAGUUCCUUGGGUUCUAUCAUGUGCUGAUAUUGACCCCAUUACUUACAUUUCUCAGUUCCUUUGGGCAAGGCUUUUUUUUUUUUUGAAAAGAGGGGUUCUUUGAGGUUUACCAUGGUGGUUUAUGCGAAGGCAAUGUUGGGUUUUCUGGCUUUUAUUGGUUUGCAGCUUCCUUUGAUACUGGCAGAUUGCCCCUUAGAUUUGAGUGGAUCAAAUUUUACUCUCGUGGCUUCUUUAUGCUCGAAUAAAAAUGAGAGAGGAAAGUGCUGCCGCUAUAUGAAUGCUUUUGUUGCAUUUUCCGUUGCUCGUCAUGCAAAUGUGACAGGCAACCUAGGGGUUACAUCGAAUUUAUCUGAUGUUUGCAUCCAUUCCAUAUUGCAAACCAUGGAGCUAUAUGGGGUCCCUCGAAAUGCCACGAAUUUCUGUGGGUUUGGUACGAAGAUCCCCGUUAGUUAUUACUGUAGGGAUCGAACAACUGUAUCGCAGAUGCUCGAGUCUCCAAAAUUUAUGGAUGUCACAAAGAACUGCAAACUGCCACUGUCGCAGGAAAAUGAAUGCCGAAAGUGUUUAAAUGCUGGCAUUAACUAUGUCCAUCGUCUAGUUGGAUCUCAAGAUAAUAUCACAUUGAGUACUUGCCGAGAUGCGACCUUUGCUGCACUUGCAAGCCAAGUUGAUAACAUUUCAGCUGUCGAAAUUGCAAGUUGUUUUUUUCAAGUUGGGGGAUUUAACAUCCCACCAGUUUCGGGGUCAUCUCCAUCUCCACCUGCCCAUAAGGCUUCUCCUAGUCCAUUGGUUGCUGCUACACCAAAUCAACUCGUGUUGGGAGCUCCUUCGAACCAAAAACACCAUGAACACCACCUAAUGUCUAUUCUUGGCAUUGGGAUAGCAGUUACGGUAGCUGCCAUUAUGAUGCUUAUAGUUUUGGUGGUCUUGAUUUGUAAGAAAAGCAGAGAGUUGGAGGAUUCCGAGAGUGUGAACAAGAACUCUUCAAAACACUUUCCUAUUUGUAGGCCCAUGCAUAAAUUCCAGGAAGGUACUUCAUCGAUGUUUCGAAAAUACAGCUACAAGGAAACAAAAAGGGGAACUUAUGAUGGCACCGUCAUUGGACGAGGAGGAUUCGGGACAGUGUACAAAGCUCAAUAUACUGAUGGCUCAAUGGUAGCUGUGAAGCGGAUGAACAGAGUCUCAGAGCAGGGAGAAGAUGAAUUUUGUCGAGAGAUAGAACUCCUCGCUAGGUUACACCAUCGGCAUCUAGUUUCUCUAAGAGGAUUUUGCAUUAAAAAGCGCGAGAGGUUUCUAAUGUACGAGUACAUGUCAAAUGGAAGCCUAAAGGAUCAUCUUCAUUGCCCCAGAAAAACUCCACUGAGUUGGGAAACCAGAAUACAAAUUGCGAUCGAUGUGGCUAAUGCUUUGGAGUACCUUCACUUUUAUUGUGAUCCACCUCUGUGCCACAGGGACAUCAAAUCAAGCAACAUUCUGUUGGAUGAGAAUUUUGUUGCAAAGGUUGCGGAUUUUGGCCUUGCACAUGCUUCAAAAGGUGGCUCUAUUUGCUUAGAACCUGCAAAUACUGACAUCCGUGGAACUCCAGGUUAUAUGGAUCCUGAAUAUGUGGUCACUCAAGAGCUCACUGAUAAAAGCGAUGUGUACAGCUAUGGUGUGCUACUUUUGGAGAUGCUGACUGCAAGACGAGUCGUACAAGAUGGUGUGAGUUUGGUAGAAUCAACCCAAAUACUGUUGGCAUCAGAGUCGAGGCUAACCGAGCUUCUAGACCCCCAUAUUAAGGACUCCUUCGACUUAGACCAACUUCAGACAGUUGUGUCGAUUGUGAGAUGGUGCACCCAAAGAGAAGGGCGGGCUAGACCUUCAAUGAAACAAGUCCUUCAGCUUUUGUACGAGAGUUCAGAUCUGAUGCAAAGUGGGUUUAUACAAGCCGUUGAAGAUGAAGAUUAUGAAGGUGGUAGCGACGGAAGAGGACGGCUAAGCAGAGUGAAAAUUCCUAGGAGUGGACCCCUUUUUCACAGUGGGGAUGGAAGAUACCUUGCUUCAUCUUCAAGCACAUCGAGGUCAUAUUGCAGUAGAAGCUUUUUACUGGAAACCGGUUCGCCGCGAUCCCCUCAAAACAUACUCUCCCUUUGAGGCCAAUCUUUUGUUCAUCCCAUGAGCUAGCAGGUAUGCAUUGUCUUUGUUAUGCAAGGGAUACCAUCAAACUUGUGGCAUGUACAAAAAAAGGACCCAAAGGUGGCAGCCUUUUGGAUAACUAAGACAUAAAUGCAGAAUUUUUAAAAACGAAAUCAAAGAGCAGAUGACUGGAGAUCAUA